UCACAACACUUUCCUUUUGCUUAUCACCCCGUCUGCAACCCACUUGUGGAUGAUAUUGAUUGUCAUCAGCUUGACGUCGUCGUCUGACGAUUGUUAUUGCAAAGCCGAAGAAUUAUUCAAAUGGUGUUGAAGCUAUUUCUGCCAAAGCGCCCGAUUUUUGUGCAUCCUCAUUGUAUUCCGUAAUCGGCGAAUGCCAUUCGUAGCCUAGUACUCGUACCAACUAGCGGUGGAAGUUAUUACCUCUCUCAACGCAUCACAAUGAACGCGAGAAGCAUGAAGCCUAUGCUCGAUCGAGUACGCAACAUAGUGCCUGUACAGGAACCGCACCGCCACAAAGGUCAAGCCGGACGGAUUGGAGUAGUGGGAGGAUCGAGAGAGUACACCGGUGCACCGUAUUUUGCCGCCAUCAGUGCACUCAAAGUCGGGGCAGAUCUGGUGCAUGUGUUCUGUCCAAAAGCUGCCGCGCCGGUGAUCAAAUCGUACAGCCCGGAGCUUAUUGUUCAUCCUUUGUUGGAUGAGAAGGACGCCAUUCUACAAAUUCAGCCGGUGAUGGAACGGCUGCAUGUGAUUAUCAUUGGACCGGGGUUGGGCCGAGAUAAUGUCGCUCUGCACAACGCAGCGGAGUUGAUAAGAAUCUGCCGCCAGCUGCAGAAACCACUGAUAAUUGAUGCCGAUGGACUGUUGCUUGUUUCUCAUGACCCAACGUUGGUCAAGGAUUAUUACGGAGCUAUUCUCACUCCCAACGCGGUUGAGUUUAGCCGAUUGUUCGGGAAUGACCGUGAUCACAUCAUGGAGGCAAUGGCCAAGUACGGCCAAGGGAUGAGCGUGCUGGAGAAGGGUCCAAACGACAGGAUCUACGAUACUUACGCGGUGGAAAGGUUCGAUUGUCCGAUGGGCGGUUCAGGAAGAAGAUGUGGUGGGCAAGGCGAUCUGCUGGCUGGUGCUCUGGCUACGUUUUACUAUUGGGCGCGUGAAUCCAAAACAGAAGUUAGUCCGACCAUUGUCGCGUGCUUUGCCGCUAGUUAUCUAACGAAAACUUGUAAUAGCUAUGCGUUCAGGCUCAAAGGUCGCAGCAUGACUACUGGCGAUAUGAUCGAUCAAAUCCAUAAUGUGUUCGAUGACAUUUUUGAGCAUAGGAAGGAAUAGGAGCGCGUUCGAUCCCGGACUGGUUGGUUAUUAUUUGUUACAGUUUUGUGUUGGUAUAUUAUCAAAUGAAUAUGUUUGUGAUCUCUGUGUUUAUCAAAAUUUAAUAAAAUAUUGGUGGGCGUUCAGUUUAGUAUGUAAUAAGAACGGCGUUUGGAAUUGGCUUUCUCGGGAUGGAACUGGAUGUCACAUUUCUGCAGAACUAAAAGCUCCCCUAUUUUAGACUAUAGAAAUUGAAUUUACUUGGGAAUGUCCUGUGCUUUGUGGAAACGAAACACUAAAUAAAUGUCUUAAAGGCGAAUGAAACAAAUAAAGUUUAUGUUUAUUAGCACGGUUUAGGGUUUACUUAGAAUAUAAUAUAAA